AUGCCGGCUGUUCCAAAUGGUUACAAAAACUUCCCGUUCAGACAAAUAAAAAGGCAAGGAGGGAAACGUGCUGGGUGCCCCAUAAACCCCGUCCACCCUGGGGUCUGGUGGUCGCGUGCUCCCCCCGGCACAGCCCGAAUCCUCCUCAUCCCUCCUCCCUCCUGUCCCCCCUUCCAGAUCAAGCUGAAGGAGAUCUUCGAGACGCCCACCGAGAUCGCACUGGUCCUGGAGCUGGUGACGGGGGGAGAGCUCUUCGACAGGAUCGUGGAGAGGGGUUUCUACAGCGAGCGGGACGCGGCCCACGUUGUCAAGCAGAUCCUGGAAGCCGUUUCGUAUUUGCAUGAAAACGGGGUCGUCCACCGUGACCUGAAGCCGGAGAACCUGCUCUACGCGGACCUGUCCCCCGACGCCCCCCUGAAAAUCGGCGACUUUGGGCUCUCCAAGAUCGUGGAUGAACAGGACACCAUGAAAACCAUCUGCGGGACGCCGGGGUACUGCGCCCCAGAAAUCCUCCACGGGUGCCCGUACGGCCCUGAAGUGGAUAUGUGGUCUGUGGGCGUCAUCACCUACAUCCUGCUCUGCGGCUUCGAGCCCUUCUUCGACCCGCGGGGGGACCAGUACAUGUACAGCCGCAUCCUCACCUGCGACUACGAGUUCGUGUCCCCGUGGUGGGACGAGGUCUCCCUCAACGCCAAGGACUUGGUGAGAAAACUGAUCGUCCUGGAUCCCCAGAAGAGAUUGACCGUCUACCAGGCUCUGGAGCACCCCUGGGUCACCGGGAAAGCCGCCAAGUUCGCUCACAUGGACAGCACGCAGAAGAAACUGCAGGAAUUUAACGCCCGGAGGAAACUGAAGGCUGCCAUGAAAGCCGUGGUGGCUUCCAGCCGCUUGGGCAACCACGGCCACCACGACUGCUCCCGUGGCAGCGGGCGCAGCCGGGGGGGUCCCCGGGACACCUGCCUGCCCCAGGGGACGGGGACUGCUGGCCCCGAAGCCACCCCCACCGAGGAGCUGGAGGCUUUCCGGAGCGACUGUCCCGCCGUCUCCAAGGUCCCUGUGAACGGCGCCGGCUGCAAGAGCUAACGGCUCGCCGCGGCUUCGACAAGCAAUAACCCCCCCACCCUCGGAGGCUGGGAGGGAGCAGGGGGAGCUGGGGUAGGGGGGGGGACAGGAGCGCCCCGAGUGCAGGUGUGUGUGGGGGGGCCCAUGGUCUGUCGUGUGGAGCAUCCUUAUUUAGUGUCCUGUCGCCAGUGCAGUCGUACCUGGUCGCUGUGAGUGUGUGUCUGUGCGGACCCAGCUGAGGAAACAAGGCUGGGCUUCCCACAAAUUAACAGUUCUGGCCACUGGGAGAGUGAAAAAAAGUCCCAAGUGGCUUCAAAACGAGGAGCAAACAGCAGAAAAGGGGGGGGAAUUUCUUCCCCCCUUCCCUGCACAGGCAGUAGGUUGUCUUUGUGGCAGAGUUUUGUGAGUUCCUGUGAACAGUCCCGAGGGGUUUAUUUGCCGAAGGGGAGAGGGUGUGUGGGGAUUGGCGCUGCCCGGUGCAGCCACGGCCGCCGCUGCGUCAGACGGGGCAUGGGGAGCCUCUGGACCCGGCUGUUUGAUCCCACCCGCAGGAAAAAUCCUUUAUUAUGGCUGGAGGCGACCCUCGGCUUGGUUUGUGCUUUGGUUCCACCCGGUUUCUUUCGUUCCCACCUCCCGUCCCGCUGCGGAUGCUGUGGAGGAGCCGGGAAUGCCGGCCCAUCCGGCCUCUCUCCGCGUCGGCAUUCCCGGGGUUCCACUUUCCACCCCUGAGUUUUACUGGAAAACAAUGCAACUCUUCCUACGGCGCGGUGUAGACUCUGUAACACCCAACGGUGCUGUCCUUUCCCGAGUGAGAACGAGGAGUUUAUACCUAUUUUGAGGUUUUUUUGGUGUUUUUUUUUAAGACUAAUGCACUCAGUUGACAAACUUCCUGAAAAAGAAGGGUUUUUUUUUUUAGGCAGUUAUUUACCAAGGCGCAGGAUAAACGUUUGGGGAUUUAACUACAGAAGGAGUAAUCGGAGAGGAAAAGCCAUAUUCCACGGGGGGGGAGGAUUACAGAGAGCUGGGCAGCUGCUCCCGACCGCGACCCGCAGCCCUGGCGGUUUGGGUCAUAAACAUGUAAAAAUGUGAAAAAAAAAAAAAAAAAUCAUCGCUGGAGAAGAAUCCGAUUUGUACAGCGGGUUCGUUUUUCCGGGAUGGGGAUGUAGGGCCUGGCUGCAAACAAUAAUUAGAAUUUUGCCAGAGCCGGGAGCUGCCGCUGCAGACGCCCGACUCAGCAGCUCAGAGCCCUCACCGGGGCAGUGGGAAGGGAAAUUCAACACGAUGAAUUUCAUAUUUAUUUAUGGCAGGAGCAGAAAUUAUCAACACGACGUGUCAGGGCUGAUCCAGACCCCACGGAGCUCCUUUGUGUUUAGGGUGCUUGUAAAGACGCACGCAGGGGAGAGAUCGGAUGUCCAAGAGGGCUUUUUAAUUGGAAAAAACAUUAUCCUUCGACAUGAAAUAGUUAUUUAAAUACUUAAACGCCCUGCAGGACCAGGCUGGGGUGUUCUGCACACCCAGAGCCUGUGCAGAAGGGCCCGAUGCUGGGAAAUGCUGAGUGAGGUUGUGCUGCCCAUGGAACCGCCCCGGGGCCUGCAGAGUAAUGGGAAAUAAGGAACUAAUUAGGUAACAGUCAGUAACGGGGUGUCUUCAGGGAUGGAAGGCACCCGAGGGAAGACUAUGCAGAAAAAGGAGUUUGCCUCUUACGUUAUGUCAACAAAGUGUUAUUCCACGAAUAUCAGUACUUAAAGGUAGGAAGAAAUAAAAGCUGUGCUCCUGGGAGUCAGGCUGACGGGAGCUGCCGUCCUGGUCUGUGCGGUGUUUUCAGAGUGUGUUUUAAUAACUCCCUACUUCAGUAUAACGGGGGCCAUUUCUGAUCUUGCAGGUAUUUAUAAAGAAGUAUAGACAGCUAAUAAAGUACCAAACCUCA